GUAACUCAGUUUCAAAACGCAACAUUGUGUUCUGUCAAGUAAAAUGUGACGGGUGUUUCAUGUUUCAACUUUUGUAAUUUUACUUGUUGAUUUUAUUGUGAAAUUGUAUGAGAAGUGAGUGUGUUGUGGUGUGAAUACCAGCGAAAUAGCUAUGCUACAGCUUGCUCGUGCUCAGUAGCAGAGACGUCCCGGUACAGAGACAGAAGCCGUCGAUUGUUCAGGUGGGCGCGAGUGCAGCGCGCGCGCCGGAGCUCGCAGCCAGCCAUGGAGGACGAGGUGACGUUCAUGUUCCAACUGGGCGUGGUGCGCGACGCCGCCGCCGCGCCGUACCAUCUCCUCACGCUCGCCUACCUCAAGGAGCUCGCUGUUAAGUUCGUACAUGAAAAGAUCCCGGACAACGGGCUGAACCGGCUCGCGGACCGCAUCCUGCUGUUCCGGCACGACUACUGCUCGCCGAACGUGCUGCAGCUGAUCAACUCCGCCUCCGACGUCACCGACGAGACGCUCGUCGAGAUCGUCCUCACCGCCAACCCGGUGAUAUGCGACGGCGGCAUGGACUCGCUGCCGAUCCUGCGGCCGCACGCGCUGGCCGUGCACUCGUACAAGGCGCCCACCUUCUGCGACUUCUGCGGCGAGAUGCUCUUCGGCCUGGUCCGACAGGGGCUCAAGUGUGAAGGGUGCGGCCAGAACUACCACAAACGUUGCGCGGUAAAGGUGCCGUCCAACUGCGCGUCGCCGGCACCUGCGGGCGCGGCGGGCGCGGCGGGCGCGUGCGGCGCGGCGGGCGCGCGGCGCGCCUCGCACACGCGCAGCCCCUCGCGCGCCUCCACCGCCAGCCACGCCUCGCACGACGACUCGCUGCUGGGCGGCAAGCGCAGCCGCUCUCCUCUCCCGCGCGGCACGUGGCCGCUGCCAUCGCUGGGCCACGCGUCGCUCGGCAUCCCGCACACGUUCGAGGUGCACUCCUACACGCGGCCCACAGUCUGCCGCCACUGCAAGAAACUGCUGCGCGGCCUGUUCAAGCAGGGGCUGCAGUGUCGGGACUGUCACUACAACGCGCACAGAAAGUGUCUCCCCUUCGUGCCCAAGGACUGUGGGGGGGAGAUACGGGAUCCACACGGUGAAGCGGACAGCAGCACGGGCAGCGAGUUGUCGGAGACCGCGCGUCUGCCCGACGAGUCGGACGACGAGACCACGCCUGACGCCGCCGAGUCCAAAGCGGAAGAUGAGGUACAACUGCGGCGCCCGCGCGAGGAGGACGCGGACGAGCCGCAGCGCGACACACUGCCGGAGCGGUCCGCCAGCCGGCCCAGCAGCUCUUCGUCGUCGCCCAGCGCCAAUAUUCCACUCAUGCGCAUCGUGCAGUCGGUCAAACACACCAAGAAGAGGGAGGGGCAGUGGCUCAAGGAGGGAUGGCUGGUUCACUUCACAAAUAAGGACAAAACUAUAAAACGUCAGUACUGGCGGCUGGACAGCAAGUCGAUAACGUUGUUCACGUCGGAACAGGGCACCAAGUACUACAAGGAGAUCCCAUUAAAUGAGAUCCUCGCCAUAGACACCGCCAGGCAGCCGCAUUCAGACGUGAUGCACUGCUUCGAGCUGCGCACGGCCAACGUGGACUACAUGGUGGGCGUGGAGGAGGCGUGCGGCGGCGCGGCGGGCGCGGGCGCGGCGGGCGCGGGCGGGGUGGCGGGCGCGCUGCCGCCGCCCGACUCGGGCGUGGGCGCGUACGUGGCGCGCUCGUGGGAGACCGCCGUGCGACACGCGCUGCUGCCCGUCACGCACCACGCAGCGGAGGGCGUGGGGUGCGGCGGCGCGAACGGGUCGGAGGCGGAGGGCGCGGAGGGCGGCUGCGCGGGCGGGCGCGGCACGGAGAUGGCGCAGCUGUACCAGAUCCACCCCGACGAGGUGCUGGGCUCGGGGCAGUUCGGCAUCGUGUACGGCGGCCUGCACCGCCGCACGCAGCGACCCGUCGCCAUCAAGGUGAUAGACAAACUUCGUUUCCCGACGAAACAAGAGGCCCAGCUGAAGAAUGAAGUGGCGAUCCUGCAGAACCUCUCCCACCCUGGCGUGGUGAACCUGGAGCGCAUGUUCGAAACGCCCGAGAGGAUCUUCGUGGUGAUGGAAAAGCUGAAGGGCGACAUGCUCGAGAUGAUCCUCUCGCACGAGAAGGGACGCCUGACCGAGCGGAUUACUAAGUUCCUGGUCGCACAGAUCCUGGUGGCGCUGAAGCACCUGCACGAGAAGAACAUCGUGCACUGCGACCUGAAGCCGGAGAACGUGCUGCUGUCCACGGACGAGGAGUUCCCGCAGGUGAAGCUGUGCGACUUCGGGUUCGCGCGCAUCAUCGGCGAGAAGUCCUUCCGCCGCAGCGUCGUCGGCACGCCCGCCUACCUCGCGCCGGAAGUGCUUCGGAACAAGGGCUACAAUCGUUCAUUAGACAUGUGGUCUGUGGGCGUGAUCAUCUACGUGUCUCUCUCGGGCACGUUCCCGUUCAACGAGGACGAGGACAUCAACGAGCAGAUACAGAACGCCGCCUUCAUGUACCCCCCCACGCCGUGGAGGGAGAUCUCCGCUGAGGCGAUCGACCUGAUCAACAACCUGCUGCAAGUGAAGCAGCGCAAGCGGCUGUCGGUGGACAAGUCGGUGGCGCACGCGUGGCUGCAGACGCGCCAGGCCUUCCUCGACCUGCGCCGCCUCGAGCAGCGCGUCGGCGCGCGCUACCUCACGCACGCCAGCGACGACCACCGCUGGCACUGACCGCGCGCUCGCACCGGGCCGUGCUUACACAAAUAACUAUGUAUAGCGUGCUCUAACUAACUGGUAUCAAUUACUAUCCAUAUUACAUUUAUAAUUUGCUAAUUAUUAUUGCAACUUAAAAAUUAAUAUUGUUCGUUUUAGUUACACUCAUAUAAUUAUGGUCAUAAAAUUCAAUACAGUUACAAACUGUCUGGAUUCAUCUAUUUGUUUAAUGCAAAAUAUGUUGUGUCUUUUGACCUUUAUGCAACGACAAUUCGGCACAAAUUUAGAAGUCCAACCAAUCAGAUACUGUAUAAUUGCCUUUGAUUAUGUUACAAAUUAUCUACCAAUCACUCCCUCCUAAUUAAAUAUCACAAGAAGGCAGCUAAUGUUUAGAAUUAAAUAGUAUAACGCAAAUAUAACAAUAAUACAUAAAUAAAUAUAUUAUAAUAACAAGUUUUUAACACCAUCUAUUAAUGCAUUUGUUUAAAGUUGCCAAGUUUUGAAUAUCUACCGAGAUUAUUAAUUUAGUGAAUUAUUUGCAUUGUUUCGUCUGCUAAAGGUUAUAGAGAUUCCCAAAAAUAUACCUCUCAUGACCUUAAAGAUAUAGUUACUAAUACAAGCCCCCCGGCGUCGCCCGAGCCUUGACGGUUGUCAGAACAGCAUUCCCACUCAGGUUAGCGUUUUUUUUAUUUAUUCGCUCGUUUUAUACUUUUUAUGAAUGGUUGCGAACGUUUGCAGCUUUUAUUGUAAGUAUGAGACGAUAUUUGUGUAUAGUCGGAACGCAAGAACUAGUCACCUCAUACACUGUGUUUGAGGUCAAAACGCUUUUUGUUUAGGGUGAUCUUUUAUUGUGGUACGGCACGGCAGUUACCCCGUUGCAUCUGAUGAUAAGUGGAAAGGUAUCCAAUAGGAUGUCGACUGACGAGAGAUAAUCACCCCUCGACAGUCGAUACAAUUAUGCCGGCCUGUUGGCACUUGAAUUUGCCACACCGAUCCUUGUACUUCCGCACUCCAAGCGUGCUUGAGGUGACCAGGAUUUGUGUGCGGACUAUAAUUGAUUAUGAGUAUGUUGUCAGAGUAUUUUAGUUUUAAUUCCUUACUAUUUUUUUUAUUUUAAUGACGUAACAAAUGAUAAUGCAUCUAAAAUUUAACAAGUGAUUUGAAAUAUGCAGAGUAGAUAUUAUUUAUUGCCAGCCGAAAGAUAUAAAGAAAAUUUAAAUUAACCGAAUGGUAAUGCCAGAAAUUACAUAUCGUGGUAGGAUUUAUGUUUUUUGGCUGGCAACACCGCACGAGUCCUAAUACUCUAUGGCAACACUGUAUCAUAAAUGUUGUAUUAAUGUUAACAUAUUUCGAGAGAAUGUUUAAUACAUAAGACAUAAUGCUUAAUAAGGUCUGUGCCUAGUCUUAAGUGAUAUUUGUAACAAUAUUAAAGUUCUCAUGUUCGAUAUAUUUUUACCUACAAAUGCUGUAACAAUUUGGUCUUCCGAAUACCACUUAUUAAUCCGUUUUAUUGUCAAUUUAUUAGGAAUUGACCUGAAAUAUUUAAAGCUGUUGUGGACAGUCAUCUGCAAUUAUCUAUAUAUAAUAAAAUAGCAGAACGCAGUGUCUGUAUAUUGAAAGAAAAGUUAUUAAAAGAAAAAGGUGACUAAACGGGAGUAAUAGGAAUAAAUCAAGGGUUCAUUAAUUUUUCUCUGUUUAUUAGCACACAUCUCCAAAACUACUGAACGGAUUUUCACGUAGUGUACACAUACGGACAGACUAUAUUGGGAACAGAAAAAAGCAUUGUUAUUCAAAUCUGAUGUCGAAAAAUAUUACAAUAUUCCAAAUAUACAUUAUUUCAAAACCCAUGUACAAAAGGCUUUUAACACAAGUAUGUGGUAUAUCAAAAUAAUUAUUUCAAACAGUAAAAGUAUCUUUAACUUAAUACUAAGGUAUGAUAUACAUAUUGCAGGUGGCUGUCCCGUUUUAAAUGCAGUUGCUGUAGAAAGAUAUUACUUUAUCUAAUAACAUAACUGUAGAGUUUAUCUCGGGCUAAUAUUUAACGGCUAUAAAACACCUUUCUUACUUAUGACAUUUUAAUCAGUAAAAACUUGCAAAUUUUACAAUCAAAAUAUUUUUUUAUUGAUUAACAUGUACAAGAAGGUUAGAUUAACUAAAGUCAGACGACUUUUGCCUGAAGUGACGGCCUAAAUAGAUUAUAGAGUUAGGAAAUGUCCGAGAAUGUGCGUAAAGUGGCUCGGCACUGAUGACGUCACGUGUGUACGUUACUUACUAAAUUUUUACCGUCACCGCUGACAUGUGACGUACAGAAAAUCAAAACGAUCCAUAUUAUUAGUGUCUGCCAAAUUCUACAUUAAUAUGAAGAAAAAAUACAACACGUGACACGUGACGUCACAUCCGCCAGCCUGUCAUAUCUGUAGUAAUAAGUGUGGAAGUUUAGUGAAUUUUGAUUAACGUUUGUAAUAUUUGUUGCUGUUUUAGAAAUAAUCUGAAAACUGCAACCAUGAAGCCAGAACAAAAAAAAACAGAUUAAUUUAAUCGAAUUAAAUGCCAAAAUAUAAAAUAACAUCGACGAUACGGUCGCCAAUGACUAAAGCCACGCCCGACUUUAAAAAAAAUACAUUAAAUUCCAUAUAACGUAAACAUAUUCACCAGAAAAUGACUUUAACGUCAAGCGAUGUGUAGAGACGUGGAUGUAUACAAGCUUAAGGAUAAUAAAAAUUAUCAAUUUAGUCAUCAACAUCCAAAACAUUUUACAAAUUAUUUAUUUUCAUUCAUAAAGUAGUUAUUCAUCAGACGGGAAAUACACUUUUAUGUUUUACUUACCUCUUAUUUUUUCGAAAAAUAAGAGCGUGUGUUACUUUAACCAACCUAAUUGUUUGUAUUGCAAUUUUUUUCUGAAGUAGCUUACGCAAAAAACUUACGCUAGUAAAACUUACAAAUGUAUCGCCCGCCUUGGAAUAUUUGUGUCGAUUUUCAUAACUGAAUCAGAGUAACGUUACACUAGUAAAUAUUUAGUUGGUGGAAAAUAGGAAAAAUACAUUAUAUAGAGAGAUAUCACGCACAAAUUCGCCUUAAAAGAUUUUAUAUUUUGAGAUUAGAUUGACAUUUUUAAUAUAAAUAGCAUAUUUACUACUUUAUUAGUGACAAGUGUAUAAACAUCACAAUUAAUUUAUACAUAAUUAGAUAAUUACCACGUGUAAGUCACAAAGCAGUGCCAACAUUUUUGAACAGUUUACACCACGUACAGACGUACUUUUUGUUUUUUACAUACGUUUUAAAAUAGUAGUGUCGAGUGACCGUUGAAGCAUACGUUGAAAAGUAAAACCGAUUCAACAUUUUUGAAUUAUUUUUAAAUGUAAUUCAAAUUUAGAAUCGCAAUUCCAAAAUGGCGGCAGUUGAAUUAUACUCCAUGAAUAUAUAUAUUGUUGAUUUUUUAUAAACCAAUAAAAAAUAUUUUAUUAUUGUUGUACUCUGUGUUAAUACUCGAAAAUGUAUAGAAAUAUUGUUGCUGCUUCUAAUGACAUUUUUAUUAAUUUUUAUUCUAUUUACGAUUGAGGUAUUUUGAUACCUCACUCUACAACAAUGGUUGUCAUACGUUAAAUAGGCAUUUCCUUCGCCAUUCCAAUAAUGUUUUAACACUGUGAUUGUUUUGUAUUUAUCUAUUUUUAUUGUUGUUUACAAUUUUUUAUGCAUACUUCCAUUUUCUGUGAUCUUCUUACAAAACGAUUACCCCAUUGCAGAUAAUAAUCGUUCGGCAAAAUAUAUUUAAUAUGUUUGUUUGAAUAUACAUCUACAAUGUUUUAAUUAGUUUUUUACUGUUCUAUAUAUAUUUAUCUGUCUAUAGUCACAAGACGCCUUAAAGGGUCGUCAAAGCAUUUAGAAAAAGUAUAUUAGAUAUGUGUGUUCUGUAAAGGGGUUCCUGUGUUAAUUAAAUUGGUUCCAAUUUCAGAGACGUUUGGUCAAAUACAAUCUAAUUAUAAUGGCUACUAACAAAAUUAUCAACUAUUUUUCGGUUGUAUGAAUUAUGCUGGCUGCCUAAUUUACUUCACCCCUUUUAACCUUGUAUCGUGAUUAUCAGACUAACACGUCUACGUUUGUUCGAUUAGAUAGAAUUAAUGAAAACGGUUACUUCCCUCUGUUUGAUCCAACAUGUGAACACGUUCUCUUAAAUUGGAGCCAAUCGUGCUACAGUCUUGCAAUUUCUCUGAAGCUUUAAUUUCCAAUACAAGUAUUAUGAUAUUUAUCAUUUUCGUAUCAUUAUCCGCACAGACGAGCCUCCACUAUUGUCCACACCCUGUAAUGGUAAAUACCUGCAAAUAGAAACACUCUGUGUAUGGCCAACUAGUGGACGCGCGACUACCAACACAAACAUUGGACCAAACUGAUAAAAUGUAUACAAUAAUAAUGUAAUAACCUAUGUUAACAAUAAUAAAUUUAUACAGAUACCCUCGUUUACUGCCGUGGUGUGCAUUUUUAUUUCUAUCAAUGCGUUUUUUGCAAUAGCGCAAUGCAAAUUAUGUUUUUGUCAAAUUAAAGGUAUGUUAAAAUAUUAUAACUGUUGUAUUAAUUUUAUCACAUCACUGCGGUAAACGUGGCAUUACAUGGGGUGACACUCAAGGGGUGAAUAAAAAACGAUAUUUGAUUGGCAAUUAUUAAAAAAAAUCCAACUCAACUGUAAUAGAUACGUAAAAUGAUUGUUCCUGUAGUUUGUACCCACUAGUCGAAAUUUGACCAUCGAUUUUAUUAUGUUUGUAACAUAUAAAAUACAUAACUUUUAUUUUUCUGCACUUCUAGUUUAUACGAACUGUGCCGACGCCAAACCUCACCAAUGUGUUUAAAAAGGGGGUCUAAAGUUUUUUCUUCGCCCCUUGAUAUCUAUUCACCCCACUUUACCACAACAUAAUGUGUCAAAAUAUUAAAACCAUAUACAUGUUGGAAUAAGUGUUAGCUGUAAUUAAUGUAAUAAAUUUAUUUAUAUUAUGAACAAAUUAAAUGCAUAAUAAGUGUAAAUGAUGGUGAUUGUAGAUUUUAUUGUUGUGAUGCGCGUUUGUACUGUGGAUUGUCCCAUUCAUCAUAUAAGAUAGUUGAACUGUAUUUCAACCUUGCAGUAUAGACAUGCAUAGAAACUGAGCGAUGAGGGCAUUCGAAUUAUUUUUCCAAUAAACGCGUCAAAUUAUUCUCGAACUCCAAUUUGUUGGAAUUGGCUGUAAAUCUUAAUUCCAUAUUUUUUAACGUUUCCUUAUCCAUGCUUCGGCUUGGCGGGAGUUCACAACGUGGUAGACGGAUGUAGCAACUAGCAAUAUAAUUCCUAUUGUAUUACCGAGACUGCAUGCGAUUUUAUCGGUAAAAAAAAUUGCAGUGAGCACGUCAAGGUAUACUGCGCCGAGAAAAAUCAAGUGUGGCCCUUUCACAGCAUAGCACUUAUUAGCAAAAUGCUAAUAUAUAUUCAUAAUAAAUUGACAUAUUAGAACAGUACCUUCAUUAAGUUUGUUAACAAGUCAAAAACUAAAUCUUUUUCCAUUUUACACCUAAGUUCCAAUCUUCUCGUGACAUCUCACGCCUUUAGUAAAAAAUUUAAUUAAAUGUCUUAACAUCUAACAGUCUAGAUUUUGCGUAAGAAUUGGGAUAACAACAGUACGAGCGCUCGUACCGCGUGUCAUGUGCACCUCACAUGCUACGCGUGAACAGGUUGCGAAUCAUUAUAUAAAUAAAUAUUGUUUUCAACA